UCUAUCUCACUGUAUAAAAAUACUUGUCUUUCCUAAAGCAAAGAAGCAAAGAAUCGUGUUCUCUUACACAUCCACAGUCUUUUUGCAUUUUUAUUGCAAGGAUCAUUUCUUUCCUUAGCUUCGACAUCAGCUCCAUCUUAUUCAUCUUUAUUCACUCUCUUUCUCUCUUUUUCUUUAUUAAAACAUUUUUCUUUCAAAUCUGAUCAGCUAGAUUCUUUACUAAUGGUUUUCUUCAUCUUUAUGUGCAAUAACACAUGCUUUUAAAGCUUCGAAUCUCUCCCUCUGCUUCAUCAACUAUCUUUAAUCACCUCGUGACUCAAGAUUUUCAAAAUCCCCUACAUAUUGUUCUAAAUAUAAUCCACACUUGUCUUUAGUCUUUACUCUGUUUUUGUUUCUUCUCAAACAUUACAACAAAAUGGCUUCAUCAUCAUCAUCAUUAUUAUCAUCACCAUCUUCAUAUGCAGAGUUAAAAGAUGCUUGGCAUCCAUCAACAACAAUAGUGGACACAACAGCAUCAAGCUACUGGUUUAACUGGAGGGUUAUGAUCUGCUGCAUGUGGAUGGCCAUAGCUAUGGUGAUCACCGCUUUUCUUAUAUUCAAAUACGAAGGCUUUCGCCGAAAAAGAAGUGGAGAAGGAGAAGAGAAAGAGUGGUCGGGUAAUGUAUAUGAAGAUGAGACUUGGAGGCCUUGUCUCCGUAAUAUUCACCCAGCUUGGCUUCUUGCUUUUCGAGCUGUUGCCUUCUUCGUUCUUCUCAUUAUGCUUAUCGUUAUUGGCCUUGUUGAUGGACCUACCAUCUUCUUCUACUAUACACAGUGGACUUUUGCUUUGAUUACUCUCUAUUUUGGACUAGGUUCGCUUCUUUCGCUGCAUGGAUGUUACCAAUACAAUAAAAGAGUUGCUGGUGAUAGAGUAGAUAGUGUUGAGGCCAUGUCCAUAGACUCAGAGAGAGUGAUAUCCAAAGACUCUGAUCAUACUCUUCGACAGAGUCAAUAUUCUAGUAAACCAUCUGGUUUUUGGGGAUAUGUUUUCCAAAUAAUAUUUCAGAUGAAUGCAGGUGCAGUUUUGCUCACUGACUGUGUCUUCUGGUUCAUCAUUGUUCCUUUCCUUGAGAUUCAUGAUUAUAGCCUUAACGUACUGGUGAUCAGCAUGCACUCUCUUAACGCGAUUUUCUUGCUUGGUGAUGCUGCUUUGAACUCUUUGAGUUUUCCAUGCUUCAGAAUUGCUUACUUCUUCUUAUGGACAAUAGCUUAUGUUUUAUUCCAGUGGACUCUCCACUCGUUAGUCCACAUAUGGUGGCCUUACCCAUUCUUGGACUUAGCAUCCCACUAUGCGCCACUGUGGUAUUUCUCAGUUGCAGUGAUGCACUUGCCAUGCUAUGGAGCCUUUACCUUGUUGGUGAAGCUAAAACAUCGGCUUCUUCAGAGAUGGUUCCCUGAGUCUUACCAGAGUUCUCGGUAGUAGCUUUCAUGGAAAGCAACCACGUUUGAAUGGAAGACUAAUUUAAGUAGAUGUUUUUUUUUUUGAAAAUACAGAAGGAAACAAAAAAAUGAAGUGUGUAGCAACAAACUCAUGCUUAUAAUUUAUAAAUAUGAUUUAA